AUGCAGCCCAUUGCUCACAUCCGAUGGGGCGUCGCGACUAUUGACAUGACCCUCGCUGCAAAUCUACCAGCAAUUUGGGAAAAGCGAAGCCCCGGGGGCCUCAGCGACGAGGAUUUUGUCCCAGAGGAGGUCUGCAUACGACGUUGGGGUACCGUUCAGUGGGAUUAUCCGUCUUUGUGA